AUGUCGGAGAUGCGUAGCGCCGUGAGGGCGGUCAUGCGGCUGAUCAAGUUCAUACCGGUGCAGGACGAGGCGGGGAAGCGAAACCUGAUGAAGGUACUCCGCGAUUCCUUCCGCUCCCCAUCCAAGCGCGUGCGGGAGGAUGGCGACGGCGCGGCGGGGAAAGACUCGCAGGAGGAAGGAAUUAAGCAGGUGGCGGCUGUCGCCGAGAUACUUGUGAAUGCGCUUGCUCAUAGGAAAGACCCGCUGGCGAUGCAGGACAUGAUGAUUGUACAUGCUCUUGCAUCAGGAGCAGGAAACAAGGUGUACCGGGAUGCUGCGCUGAAGGAGCUGAUUAUGCGGGGGAUGGGGAGGUAUGGGGAGCAAGGGCUUGAGGGAGAGAGUACGAGAUCGGUUCAAGAGUGA